CUGUGUGUCCGCACGGGCGUGCUUGGACGUGCCAGCAUGUUUUUGUGCCUGUCCUUAUGUGUCUGGGUGUGCAAAGGGAUGAGUGUGCACCUCUGGACACAUGUGUCUCUGUGUGUGUGGACAGCUCCGUUCCUCCGUGGGGGUGAGCAUUUAAGGUGUGUAGCUCUUUCUAUGAGUUCGUGAGUGAUGCAUGUGUACCUGGAUGUGUGCAUGAGGGGGAUGCAUCUGUCUGCGUGUGAGUAUUCGGGAAGGUGCGAAUCCUAGAUGUGCAUAGACGUGUGAGGGUGUGUUUAAAUCUUCCUCUGUACGUGCGUGUGUGAAGGGGCUCCGCUGGCUGCGUGUGUCUGUCCGUGCGCUGGGGAGCGCACCGAGCUGCGUGCCGCUGUAAUUGGCGCGGGACGUCCCGGCGGCGAUGAGGCUCCCGCUGGCUUUCGCCGUGCUCCUCCUGGCCUCGUCACAGGCGCUGGGCGAGGAGAUGGGAGCCACCGACGACCUCAGCUACUGGUCCGACUGGUCCGACAGCGACCAGGGGAAGGAGGAGCUGCCGCUGCCCCUGGAGCACUUCCUGCAGAGGAUGGCCCGCAGACCCCGGCCCCAGCAGUUCUUCGGCCUCAUGGGCAAGCGGGAUGCCGGAUAUGGCCAGAUCUCUCACAAAAGGCAUAAAACAGACUCCUUUGUUGGACUUAUGGGCAAAAGAUCUUUAAAUUCUGGGUCCUCUGAAGGGAGCAUAGCACAGAGCUACGAACGGAGGCGUAAAUGAGACGUUCCCGUGCAUUAUUUAUUGAACUUCAUUUGUUCUAAUGGCCAAUGCAGUGUAAUAUAAACUAACCACUGUAUGAAAUAAUUAUUUAUUUAAUAACUGAAGGGGUUUGUUUUUUUUCGAGUUGUACAUUCAAUAAAAGUAUUAUUUUUCAUAUUGUGGCAGUGACACAUGUUGUGUAGGUGUGCUGUGGUUCUGAAAGGAGCAGCAACCCUGGUGAUGUCUCACAACAAAGCACAUGUUUGAUAUGACCUGUAGAGUUAUGUUUACUAAACAAGCAAGUAUUCUUUUGUUCAUUGAGAGCGAGUCUAUCAGCUUCACUGCUAGUGCAGAACAGAACUGAUGUUCAGUCUAGUGCCUCAAUUUGUUUCCAUGGUUUAUUAUGUACUGUAAUUUCUGUAUCAAAAAAUAUAUUUGUAUCAUUGCAGCAUGUUUUAUGUUCUGUGAUUAUGCAUCAAUAUAUUUUAAAAGGGGGGAUGGGUAAUGUUUGAAUGGGAAUCCAAAGUCUUCAUUUCAUAGUCUGGAAUUUUAUGAUAGUAACAUUUUAAAUAAAAACUACUCUGGGGCUUUUGCAACAUA